UUCGAAAUCUACAAUAUUUGAAAAUUAAUUAUUAAUUUUGAAAAAGAAAAAAAAAAAUAUCAGGUGGCGCUUAAAUCGAAAAGGAUCGCGAUCGUUACAGAACUUUUGAAAAUAAAAAUGACGUUGUCUGAUUCGCCAAACGAAUUCAAAUUGGAAAAUGCACCUUCGGAUUGCAUAUCCGCUGUGAAAUUCGGACCAAACUCCAAUCAGUUUCUCUUGGCAUCGUCGUGGGAUCGUACAGUGAGAUUAUACGAUGUAAUAACUAAUAAUAUGAGAUUAAAAUACUUACAUUCCUCGGCCGUACUGGAUUGCUGUUUUCAGGAUGCAGUUCAUGCUUGGAGUGGUGGAUUAGAUCAGCAAGUAAAACUGUUUGAUUUUAAUUCCAGCACAGAAACUAUUGUGGGAAAUCACGACGCACCAAUAAAAUGUGUCGAAUUUUGUCCCGACGUGAAUGUGGCCGUCACUGGUAGCUGGGAUCAGACAGUUAAGCUGUGGGAUCCAAGGACUCCGUGCAGUGCUGGAUCAUUAACGCAAUCUGAAAAAGUGUAUACUAUGGCUGUAUGUAAAGAUAAAUUAAUAGUUGGCACAGCAGGAAGGAGAGUUCUCGUAUGGGACUUGAGAAACGUCGGCUACGUUCAACAGAGAAGAGAGUCCAGCUUGAAAUAUCAAACCCGUUGCAUUCGUUGUUUUCCAAAUAAACAAGGUUACGUCCUUAGCUCGAUAGAAGGUCGUGUCGCCGUCGAGUAUUUGGAUCCCAGUCCUGAAGUGCAGAAGAAGAAAUACGCUUUCAAGUGUCACAGAAUCAAAGAAAGUAAUGGCAUAGAACAGAUUUAUCCAGUCAAUGCCAUCAGUUUCCACAACGUAUAUAACACUUUUGCCACGGGUGGAUCCGACGGUUACGUGAACAUCUGGGACGGAUUCAACAAGAAACGGCUCUGCCAGUUUCACAGAUAUCCCACCAGCAUAUCUUCAUUGGCGUUCAGUCAGGAUGGAACUGUUCUGGCCAUAGCAUCCUCUUUUCUCUACGAGCAAGAUCCUCCCAAGGAGAUUCCUCCGGAUGCCAUAUAUUGCAGGCACGUUACAGAUCAAGAAACUAAACCUAAAUAAACAUCACAAACUAAAUGCUGCAUUUAUAAAUUACAGUCAUUUGUCAUAUAAAAUUAUUACUUUUGUGUUUUAGUUUAGUUAUUUGUAUUUUAAACUUCACUUUGUAUUAAAUAAAGUAUCAUUUCU